UACGUUUGGCAAAAAUGUAACCCAAAUUUGUUACCCCUGAUUUUAACCAACACUGAAAUACUGGACCCUAUUAUUCGUUUUAAUAGAAAGUAUUAAAAUAUAAUAAAAUACUAAAGUAAAAAAAGUAGAAAAUAAAUUUGACAUGAUUGACGUUUGUGCAAUUUAAAUCAAAUUGUGGCACUAUGGCCAAAUACUUCGGCAUAGAUAAAGUUCUCUCUGUUCCAAACAUCAUUAAAGAAAAUGGGGGCCUCAUGGCUUCCCUGUAUAAAUUAUAUAGAAUGGAUACGUUAAAAGUCGGAGAAUGCGUCGGAAUCGACAAAUACGGUAAUAAAUACUACGAGAGUAAGCGAUUUUUCCUAUGUCGUAACCGCUGGGUGGAGUAUGCACCAUAUUAUAAGAUGGAGUACGAUGGUAGUCAAAUUCCAGCGGAAUGGCAUGGUUGGUUCCACAACAGAACUGAAUGUAUCCCAGAUCAGGAGCCUUUUAGACCGAACUACAAGUGGAUGGCCGACCAUACUGAGAACAUGACGGGAACUGUAGGUCAGUACAUGCCUUACUCAACGACUCGGCCAAAAAUAGAACCCUGGAUUCCACAGAAGAAGUGUUAAUAUUUUAAAAUAAAAAUUGUAUGUGGUCAAAAUAAAUAACAUCAAUUUUUUUGUUA